GAGUGCAGACGACAUAAUUUCGCUUCCGUCGCGAGCGCGGGGCCAGUACACCGGAGCAUGCCGUUUGAUUCGCGUGCUGCGUUAUCGCUGCCACUGCUGUAGCGCAACAGCCACACCGCCCGGAGUAGUGCACCCCCACGGCGGCAGUGCGAUCGGAGAUUCGAGCCACCUCUGGUGAAUCGGCUCGGUGAAGUGACUCCGCGCGCCGGUGGUUGUGCGCGCGCCCGUUUCGAAUUGUGUGAGCGGCCACUGGACUCGAUAUCGACGACGUCGGAACGAGAAGAAGGGAGGCUACGCAACGUUGGCUCGCCGGACGAGAAAGGGGCCACCUGGAAGGAACGCCGGCUCGGUUGUUGUUAGUGGCGGCAGUGCGGCGCGGGUCGGCGUGUUUUCUUGGCCUCUUGUUCGUUGCGCAAAAGAGCCCCGCGGUGAAGUUCCAGAGCCACCAUGAGCGGCCACGUCGGGGAUCUCAGCCCCAAGCAGCAGCAGGCGCUUCAGCAGUUUCGGGAGGUGUGCAAAGACCUGCUGAACAACGACGACGAUGACUAUUACUGCCUCCGUUGGCUUAGGGCCCGAAACUUCGACAUCCAGCAGUCUAAAGAAAUGAUGAAAAAGAGCAUUGCGUGGAGGAAAGCCAACAACGUCGAUGAGUUCGUGAAGGACGACUACAAACCGCCAGAGUUCGUGCACAGCACCCUGAUCGGCGGCAUGUACGGCGUCGACAAACAGGGUGGUCCGGUCUGGAUCUACCCGUUCGGAAACUUCCAGAUCAAGCCAUUCCUUCGGGGCUGCACAAUUAAGGAGGUCCUGACGUUGAUGUCGUGGCGCUGCGAACAGGGCGUGAAGAAGAUGCGGGAACAGUCCAAGAAGCUGGGAAAGGUCGUGGAGACGCAGACGGUGAUCUUCGACUUCGACAACUUUUCCAUGCUCCAAGCCCUCACCGCCGAAGCUGUGAGCGCAGUGUCGGCAUUUAUUCGAAUGUACGAGGCCAACUACCCUGAGCGGUUACAUCAAGCCUUCGUCAUCAACGUUCCGUCGCUGUUCUCCGUCCUGUUCAACCUGAUCAAGCCCCUGAUCACAGGAAACACGCUUACGAAAGUUCACGUCCUCGGGAAAGGCGACAACUGGAAGGAAGAGAUCCUGAAGUACGUGGAUGCCGACCAGCUGCCCAAGCAGUGGGGCGGCAACUGCGUCGACGAGAACACCGGCGACCCAUUCUGCUCGACGCACAUCACCAUCGCACGGCCCAUCACGGAGGCUGACUACCGGCGCCGCGGCAGCGUGCUGAACGGCGACCAGGGCGGCUCGGCGGCGGCAACGGUGUCCGUGGACCGGCGCAGCUGCCACGAGGUGCCCGUGUCGGUGACGCAGGCCGGCUCGCGUCUGUGCUGGGAGUACGAGACCGAGGACCACGACAUCGGCUUCACCGUGGUGCGCCGGCCGGACGCCCAAGCCGACGAUGUGGCCGUGCUGCCCUGGCAGCGAGAGGACUCGCACCUCAAGCCGCGGGAAGGGAGCCUCCUCUGCCAGGAACCCGGAACCUAUGUGCUGAAGUUCGACAACACGUUCAGCGCCUGCCGCGGCAAGAAGCUCACCUACACCGUUCGGGUGGUACCGCCUUCCAUCGGCGACGACGCGGCGUGACGUCACACACCUGCUCUCUUUUCCCCGCCAAUCGAGCUCCGUGGCCGCGGAGCCUGACCGUUCUCCAGGCCGAAGCCAACCGAAUUCAGAAGAUGACCAAACGUGCACUUACGACCCAAACAGUCAGCUAAAGGUGGCGAAACCGCAAGCACCACGAUAAUGGACCGCUCCUUAUCUAGAUCCUCUCCCCCUCCUCCCCUUUUUAAAGGUGGCGAAACCACAAGCACCACGAUAAUGUACUGCUCCUUAUCUAGAUCCUCGCCCCCUCCUUGCCUUUUUAAAGGUGGCGAAACCACAAGCACCACGCUAAUGGACCGCUCCUUAUCUAGAUCCUCACCCCCUCCUCCCCUCUUUUUGUAUUUUCUUUCUCUUUUUUUUAGCAAAAAUACUGAACGGUUAAUUUGUCGACCGUGACUGUAUACCGUAGAAGAGGCGUGUGAGUACUGGAAAUGACACAGAGGCCAAGAGCACAACAAAGUAUCAGCGAGAACCUGGUGUAAAUUAGUGUAACUGCACGACACUUUCUUCCCGUCACCCUCAGUCAGCAUUUCGGUCAGUGGUCUCGCCCGACGCUCCCCUUGGAACUCCAGUGGAAGCGAACCGCAAGCACGGUCACCCCUUCAUUGCCUUGGUAUGGUCACCCUAUACGCGAGCUCACUUCAUUGAACUGAUCUCGCUAUUCGCGUGCCAUGCCUCCCUGAGGAUAGUUGCAGAUACCGGGUAGAAAUAGCAAUGACUACUUUGCUGAAUCCCGUGGCGUCGAUGACAAGACCACAGGUUUCAUAUAAUGUCGAAGCAUGGGCGUAGUAUGUUGUAAGCCGCUCUCGAUGAACGUUAUUCCAGCACCGAGUAAACUGGCGGUGGGUGUCGCCAUCAUAUUUUUUUUGAAAUAUGGAUUGCGUAAACAUGGCAUGAGUGCUACCUUUCGUAGGAGUAGGUAAUCACGGCGUUGAAGAGUAAUUUGCCCACGCUUUAAGGCUCUAACCUUUAGUGGAAAUGUGGCACGGACGGUUCCGGCACAACGUCAUCUUGCAACUCGACUGUAUUAGCACACUUCACUGGCGCAUUGCGGCCCGGUCACUGGUACACGGUGCACUACAAGUAUUUGCUUGUCUGAGAGCUCAGGCGUUUCAGCUCACCCACGUUCCAAUAUUUUUGCUACUUGUUGUAUAAAGUGUCGAUUGUUGUAUUUGCUGUUAUUUACUUGUUCUUUUACUAUCCUGCCUAGGCAGGGCGCAAAUAAAACACCGCUUUAUUUGUUUCCCAUUGA